AAACAGAAAAAUUCAUGAAUGAAUGAUUUCAUCCUUUGCAAUUCAGGUAUCUCGUACAGAUUUUCCAAAUGGUAUAUUAACCAAUGCACUCACGAGACAAUUGCAUUAAGCAGUUUGCUUUCAAAGGAGUGAGUCCUCAAGAAUUUACCGCGUUAGAGCACCUAAUCUUAGUUGUGUUUCUUUGAUACAAAAAAUCGAAAUUUUUAAAAUGGAAGUUCUAAGUUGUCCCAGUUCUCCAAUAAUCGACGUAGGAUCCAAUGAAUUUCCUGCAAAAAAUCGAAUCCUUGACAUUCCUUGUGUGGUAUGCCGGGACUAUAGCUCUGGCAAACAUUAUGGCAUUUAUGCUUGCGAUGGUUGCGCGGGUUUUUUCAAACGAUCAAUCCGACAAGAUCGUCAAUAUAUUUGUAAGUUAGGCAACCCUGGCAGAUGCGUUGUUGAUAAAACACACCGAAAUCAAUGCCGUGCAUGUCGGCUUCGGAAGUGCUUUGAGGUUGGUAUGAACCAACAAGCCGUUCAGCAUGAACGUGGUCCGAGGGCCUCCACACUGCUCCGUCAAAUCAGCUUACAAAACGAAGUCAUCGGUGCUGAAAUUGCUGCAAACGCUAAUAGGAUCGCUUUUAGCGUAAUUCCAUUCGUCACCAACAACAAUACGCUACCUUACUCUACCAUGCAGAGAACCGUAUAUCACCAGCCCAAAGUUAUUCACCAACCUUGCGUUGUACAGCCAGCCCCAAGUGUCGGUGAGACAAGUAUUCAGGGAAUAGCAGCUGAACACCUAUUCUUCAACAUUCGUCAGUGCAGAUCCAUGGGAAGGUUUAGCGAACUCUGCAUAUCAGAUCAACUCCUCUUAAUCGAUGGAUCCUGGAAGGAACUUCUCGUUUUGUCCAUGGUCCAACAUAUGAUGCCAGUUCCUCUAGUUCAACUUCUGCGUGAAUAUACUGCAGAAGAAAGAUAUAACCACUUCAUGCAUCGACUAGCAGAUGAUGUGCAAACUCUUACUUGCACUCUGCAUUACAUUCAGAGUUUGCAUUUCAAUCCUCAAGAAUAUGAUUUGCUACGUCCUGUUUUCCUAUUCCAAAGGGCUUGUAUGGAAGGGCUAACAGCGACUUACAUGAUUAGCCAAGACUCCCGUAUAGAAACGAAAUUGCGGGAAGGGCCAAAAAUAUAUGAAAUGUACGAAAUAGCUUGUGCUAAUCUAUUGAAUUUUUCAAGCCGUAUUCGUCCAAAUGGAGUGCGCAUCAGCGAGAUAUCGCAUGUCAUCCAACAUUUACGGGUGUCACCCCUCUAUGUGAUUGAAGAAUUGUUCUUCCGGAAGGUAGUGGGUAACAAUCCUUUAAUGAGGUUAAUCGCGGAACUUUAUCUUGAUAAGAGAUUGUAACAAUAUUGUACUGUUGUGAAUUUAGCAUUAAGUCUUAAGGAAUUCAAAUCUGUGAUAAUAAUAAUGAACAUUACAAACAA